UUCAUUUUCAGGAAGUGCUAACUCAUUCGAUUUUCGUAAUGGCAAAGAAUGUUACAUAUCUUCUCCAUCUGUUUCUAGUGUUCGCACUUCAAAUACAAGGGUCCACUUCAGUGACUCGUGUGUUUGUGCAGACAGGAAAGGAUUUAAUUCUUAACGUCACAGAAGCUGAAAUUCCACCAAAGUCUCAACUUUGGGUAUGGCAAUUUAACAGUGCUGCAAUGGUAAAAUUUUCACCUGAUUCACAACCAACUGUUGUCAGUCACACUGAAAGAAUUGAAGUUCUUGAAAAAAAAUACUGUGUAAAAUUAAGGAAUCUACAAAAGUCAGACAUGGGAAUUUAUACCGCAAAAGUACUGUUGCCUAAAGAACAAAAACUAACUGAAUACAACGUUACAGUUCAAGAUCCAGUCUCUCCAGGUAAUCUCACCCUUAACUGCAUGUCCAACACCACCUCCUCCUGUAUCCUCAAAGUGACCUGCAGUGCAGAGGACUCUUUCAUCAACAGCACUGUUACAUGUGGGAGUCAAACAUGUAACCAGGAGGGAGGAGAGCCUAGAGGGGUCACCAAAUCUGGCACUUCUCUUCAUAUUUAUCUGUUUAAGGAAUCACUUGUCUGUAACCAUAGCAACCAGGUCAGCUGGGAUAAAUCCAUAAAAAAGAUUGAUUGCUGCACCCAACAUGGUGAACCCAGACACCAUUACUGGUAUAUUGUGCUUCUUUUACCCAUUAUUGUUUGCACUCCCAUCAUAUGCUGUAGACACAAGAAAGGUAACAAAGACAACGUUGAUAAUACAAUAUAUGAUGUUCCUGAGUUAAAGAAUCAAACUGAGAAAUUGGAGGAAAGAGUGGAAGAUGAAGUUCUUUCUCCGACCACCACCUACAGCGUAGUGAGCCAUAAAAGUGAGAAAUCCAAGGAGACUACAGGCAAGAACCCACCAGAGAGUGUGUAUGCACAGAUAAUAAUGCCUUCGAGAUGACUGAACUGAUGACUUUGAAAAUAAAUGGAAGAUCUGAGUGGAGUUCAGUUCUGAUGUCGUGUGAGGAUGGCAUUUCUGUCAUGUGAAACACAGCAGCCUAUGCUGUGUUUCUUUCCAGUUGCUUGUGUUUGAGUCACAACCAAUUGGAAAAUAGCCUAUAGUGUACCUAAUAUGUAUUUUAAAUAGCUUGAUUUAUGAAUUUAAGUGUUUAGGUGUUUUUAUUUUACGUAGGCACGGGCUGGUUACCAGACUCCAUGUUUUAAAAAGCUAUCGUUUCCAAACCAUUAAAAGUGUUUGUAAUUCCGCACCUACAGUUUGAAGUUCUUAGUAACUUUCCAGAGAAAGUUCAAGAAAGGACAGUGUGUGGAGCGGAGUAGUUUUCCAGUUAGUAUUAGCUGUCAGUGUUACUCCAUUGGUUGUAGAAUGCAACAAGCAAUACAAUUAUGUACAAUAAGUACAUAAAUCACAUGUUUAUUCCAUAUUUUUGCUGUGGUCUUCCACCACUGUGUACAUAUCUUUUUUUAAAGUUUUAAAAUAACUGACCAUUUUUACCUAAUGCUUAAAUUUUAUUUGACUUCUUGUGGCUGAAGUAGCGUUUAAUCCUUGAUUUGUAAAAAUAACUUCAGUAAUGUACUAAUGUAAUAAUUGUUGCUUUUAUAUUGAAAAGAAAUUAGAUUGUGCUAUAUAGUUUUGCUUACAUUUUUGUGUUAACACCAUGAAACUGUGAUAUUUGUACCCACAGUUAUUAUACAAUGAAAAGCCUACUUUUAUUAUGUGCAGUAGAAAAGAGAAACCAACCCAAGCAAUGUCCAAAGUAUUUACUCUGCAUGCGUUGGUAAAAUGCUGGAACAGUAUGUCAGAUCCUAACUUAAAGAGCUCUCGUUUCAAUCUCAUUUAUUUGCAUCACCUUUCCCACUGUGAGAUGGAGCAUGUCUGUUUUAAAUUUAAAUGUUCCCUGCGAAAGACAAAGUAGCUUGCAUAAACAACGAAGAAGAGCAAAUUGAACAAUAACAUGCUGCAAAUUACAGACUUGGACCUUCCUAAAAGAGGUAAAAAUAACAGAUCGGGAGGGAGAAAACAUACAUUCGAUGUUUGUUGUAUUCAUGCAUUUACGUUAGGCAUUUUAAAAACAAGGGUGGAAGCAUCUUGUAUAUGAAGUGGACUGUACCAAUUUAACCUCCUCCCAAUACUGUCAGUCAAACAUGGUGAAAAAUGAACCUUUCAAAAAAAACUAUUUUUGGUUGGUUACAGUUUUGGUAAUUAAUGUUAUUAAGUACGUUCCGUUGUUAUGAGUUGAAAUUAGCUACUUGUAUCUUCUCAAAGGAUAAUUUUAAAAGCUGUUUGACUUAAAUGAAACUGUGGAAUUGUAAGCUUUCAUCAGAUGUCACGCUUACACUGUCAGGGUCCUGCUGCGUCAGGUGUUUUUGAGUUUCUUGUUUCUGUUUAUUUCCUGUUAUUAUAUUCUCUUAGUGUUGCCAUCUUAUUGUUUACUUAUUUCUUUGUUUAUUCUAGUGCUUUUUAUAUUUAGACAUUCCCUGUUAGGUUUCCUCCUUAUGUCCCUCUCUGCCUUAUUCUGCUCAUUACUCUUCUUUCCCUCAGCUCUCAUCCUUCAUUGAUUUCAGCUGUUCCUCAUCUCCACCUGAUUACCAUCACCUUCUUGCCCUGCCUCUCUUCUAUCAAUGUAUAUAAUCUGUUUGGUUUUUAUUGCUGGUUUCUUCCAUUCUUCUGCUUGAAUGCGGUUACUCUGCUUCAUGUCCCGUGCCCCAUAUCCUGUUCUCUUGAGUUUCCAUGUAAAUUUGCUCUUGGUUUUUCAUUAAAUCGUUCAACUCUC